GAACCGAUCUGCAAUUUCUGAGACCAAGAGGAAACGGUGCUAAGCAAAAGAGUUCGCGGGGAGGUUAGUGAGAGAUAGGGAGAUAGUCGUCUGGAGGGCAAGGGGAAAUCCUUGAGGCAUCAUUCGAAGAUGAUCCUGAGAACUCCGCUGCAGCGUAAGAGAAGGGUCAGUUCAGGCUCCGAGCAUGACAGCCCCGUCUCUGAUCGCCGUCUUGUCCCUUAUUUAGAAACAUCCGACGAGCUUGUCUGCACCUAUCACUGCCGUCAGAUGGUGAAGUCUGAGUUCAUGGCUGCUUUAAGCACCGCAGAGAAACAAAUUCUUGAAUACAAAUCUAGAUUAGAGGCAUUGAAAAAUGAUCUAUGCAAUUGUGAACAGGAGCGUCAGAAGUACAGGGAUAAUUUCUAUUCAGCCAAGCAGGAGCUUCAGGCCUCAAAAGGGCGAGAAAAUGCCCUGCAGGAACAAUUGCUGAAGGAAAUUACUGAUUAUCAAGAAAGAUAUCAUACCCAUCUGAGGCGAUACAGUGAGCUUGAGAUACUGCUGAAGAAGGAAGUUGAAGUUCGUAAAAAUGCUGAAUUGUCAGCUGAGACAGCAAAAGAAAAAGCAUCAGCUGUUGAAAAGGAACUUCUUCUGGUUUCUCAGAAUAAUGAAAGGGAGAAAAAUCGUCUACAUUUAUCUUUCUCACAUUUGCAAGAUGAAUCAAAGCUGUCUCUGUCAAGGGUCAAUGCUGAGCUUGAAAGAAUGAGAGUCCGAGCUGAUAGCUUUGAAAAAGAAGCAGAACUACUGAAAAAGACUUUAGUGGAUUUAAAAGAACAACUGAAUGAGUGUCUACAUGAGAAGAGUCAACUAGAGUGCAAGUUAUCAAGUUGUGAUUCACCACUGGUGACAGCCAGCUCCUCAGAGAGCCCCACUUUGGUGAAGCAUCUAAAGGAUGAACUUCGGAAGGCUGAGGCUGAAUUAAAAGAGGCUAGACAAUUGAAAUCUUCACAUAUGAAUAAAGAAUUAUUGAUAGAGCAGUUAUUGGAGGAAAAGGAGCGCAGGGAAAAGGCAGAAUUGGAGCUUAACCGACUACAAGAAAUUCAAGUACAUGCUCAGACUUUGGAUUCUGAAUUAACAAUUUGGAAAUCAUUGCUGAAUCAGAUACCUGAUGUGUCAUGUUAUGAUGACAUACCAAGAAAAUGUGCUCAGUUGCAGAAAGAAACAAUUGAAAAUAUGCUUAAGGUUGGCGAGACUAAUGCACUUUUGAAGGAGCUUCAGAUAAACUUGGAAAUGGCAAAUCUUAGUAAAGAACAUGCUGAAAAAGAAUGCAAGCUAGAGCAAGAAAAGGCUAUAUGUCAAUCUUUAGAAGUUAAGAGGCUUGAGUUGAUGCUUGCUUCUGUGUCUGAAGAAUGUGAAAAGCUAAAAAAGGAUGUUGUUAGCUUGAGUGAGCAUAAAAGCGGACUCUCCAGCAGUGGUCAAACAACUGAAACAGACCUAGAAAUAGUUAUUGAGCACAAAGAACAUAUUAUUGGAGGACUGGAGAGUAAUAUAUUUCAACUGAGGGAAAUUAUUAAUCGUCAACAUGAUGAAAUGAAGCAUUUGAAUGAGGAUCUCAACGUUGAAACAAAAAAGGUGAAGGCACUAGAGAGAGAGAGCGAUCGGUUGCGUUCUGAGAUUUGCUUGCUUGAAUCAAAGCUGGGGCAGGGUAAUUACUCAGCAGAGAAUACAAAGGUACUACGGAUGGUGAAUUCUUUAGGCUUUGAUAAUGAAGCAAAACGCACUAUAGAAACAUUGCGAGCUGAACUGCGGAAAGCUAAGGCAAAGUUGCAAGCAAUUGAAGAGCUGACUGGACAGUCAGAUGCAGGGAAUGUAAUCAAUGUUGACAUGCCUGAAAAGCUAUCACAACUUAAAGAACAAAUUGCCAUUCUUGAGAAGCGUGAAGAAAGAUACAAGGCUGUUUUUGCGGAGAAGAUUUCUGUUUUCAGAAGAGCAUGUUGUUCACUAUUUGGCUAUAAGAUUGUAAUGGAUGAUCAACAACGUCCUAAUGGUAUUCCCAUGACGAGGUUUACUUUACAAUCUAUAUAUGCUCAAAGGGAUGAGGAAAAACUUGAAUUUGACUAUGAGUCAGGAAAUGCAACUAUUUUGGUCAAUGACUACACUUCUCAGACUGAAAUACAUCACCAGGUUGAUAUUUUUAUACGAAAGAUGAACUCAAUUCCUGCCUUCACAGCAAACUUAACAAUGGAAUCAUUCAAUAAGCGUACCUUAAGUUGAAGCCCAAACACGACUUGAUCUUCUACCACCAACUGUUUAAAGUUUUUGGUCAGCCAGUAGAUGAUCAAUGGGUAAUGUAUCGUCAAUUAAUCAAUUAUCCUUUUCUUUGAUUGGUGUGUUGCUCUGUCAUCAAAUGCCAUUCCAUUUUGUAUUGUUGUUGAGGAAGAAUGAAGAAAAUCUCUCUAUU